CGUCGAGAGCUUCGACAGUAAUGGCCGCAUGACGAAACUUCCCCACCUACUUUCCUUUCGACCAAAGUCUCAGUGAAAAUCGCUGUGUGCGCACAUUGUCCACACUUUUCGGGCUGAAUUUACGCCAGAGACAACCAAAGAUGCGUGUCUGGACAUCAGAGCACAUUUUCGACCACCCGUGGGAGACGGUGACGAAGGCGGCGUGGCGCAAAUAUCCAAACCCCAUGAACCCGGCGGUGAUCGGCACUGAUGUCAUCGAACGGGAGGUCAAGGACGGCAUACUGCACUCACACCGGUUGGUCAGCUCCAAGUGGUACUUCCCCUCGUGGGCCCGAAAGAUCAUAGGUUCAGCCAACGUUUGCUACGCCAGCGAGUGGUCUCAGGUUGAUCCUGCAAAUAGGUUGAUGACCCUGAAAACCAGAAAUCUAACUUUUGGCCGCUUCAUCUCCUGGGACGAACAAAUGAGUUACAACCCACACCCAACUGACCCGGAAAAAACUCUGCUGCGACAAGAGGCGGUCAUAUCUGUCCAGGGAGUCCCUCUAACUAGUUACAUCGAGGAAAUGCUCACAAGCAGGGUAUCAGCUAAUGCAAGCAAGGGGCGGUUAGCAAUAGAGUGGGUAAUAAGCAAACUGGAUGCGGAAGUGAAGGAAAUCAAACAUGAAGUGAAAGAGUUCACAAGCCACGCGCGCAAAUCGACCGACGACUUCAUCAAGACUGCCAAGCUGUCGUUGGAUAACCUUUCAGCCAAGACUGAGGGCCAGCAUCAAUAGCAACAACUAAAAUUAUGCCAGCGGUGUGUCAUCGUGGGGGAUUACAAAUUUUGCGUCGUCUGCUCUUGAGUGAGAUUUGUGAUACGUACUUAUAUAUUAGCUGUAACGUGACUCAAAGCGUUCUCUGGCCCAGAAUUUGUGAUUCCUCGCGUGCUCAAGAAGCUGCUUGAAAAAAUACCUAAAACCGGAAGAGGUAUUUUAUUUGGAGGUGCUGGUAGUCUUGAAAACUCCAGGUGCGCGAGAACUGUAAAAAAUUAAAUAAGUGAAAAAACUAGGAUUUUACCAGCAUCAUGUCCAUGUAAAACUAUAACCAAGGUCUCAGUUUCAAACCAUUUUAAAUUUAAACUGUUCAUCAGUGUGUGCGAGCUCUUGUGUAAUGAUUUGGACAGCAAUUUGUCGGUGUAAACAACAGCAAAUUUUGACUCUGGAAAGUAAGACAAGAUUCUGGAGUGCGAGACAUUCCACUCAGAUCAAAUGACUAGCACGUGAGCCCAUCUCUUAGUACCAUGUAGUUGUGUUAGCCGGCUGUCGCUGGUCGUUAGCUAUGUUGCCCACUCUGCAUGUUGAUUAUGUAAUUUCUGAUUCCUCACAACUGCACAGCUGAUAAAGCGGGCACCACUGACCGCGUUGAUCGGCUUCACGUUGACUGUAGCGUUACAACAGGGAGCAAUGAAGAUUUCAGAUUUGUGUUACUGUGUAACAUACCACAAUAUAUAAUAAAUUAGAUCAAUAUGCUUGGUA